ACAGCAGUUAGCUUUGUUAGCUUCCAAGCGGUGUUUCCCUGAUCUCCAUCCACGUUGCCUCCAACUUCCACCCCGCCCAUCCGCCGGGAAUGGACAGUUUUGGGAAAGACCUGCUCUGACCCCCUUCUCCCCACCCCUACCCAUGAGCUGAUGGAGGUCAAUGACAUUAACAUGCAAAGUGAUAACUGUGAACCGGACAGGGCCGCUCAUCCCGGGAUUUUCCUAUGCCACCAGGCCGGGAAGAGCGACCACCAGCCGGCGGGACGCUACGUGGACUUCCCGGUGUCGGUAGUUCUUCCUGCGGGCGGUAGCGGAGAGAGAACCGGACUGCAGACCCCAAAACAGUUCUGCUCGUUCCUGGGCAGACCGCUCAUAAGCUACACUAUCCAGGCUUUCGAGAGGGUGUCGUGGAUCCAAAGCAUCAUGGUUGUUGUUGCCAAAGAAAACAUGGACCUGAUGACCGACAUCAUCCAGCGCUUCCAGCACAGGAAGGUUCGGGUUGUGCCCGGCGGCUCGACUCGUCACAGGUCGAUAUGCAACGGAGUCCUGGCUCUGGGUGAGGAGGAAGGAGGGAGGUCGGCAGCGGAGAGGCCGAAGGUGGUCAUCAUACACGAUGCGGUGCGGCCUUUUGUGGAGGAGGACUUUCUGUACAAGAUAGCAAUGGCUGCCAAGGAACAAGGGGCAGCAGGAGCUAUCCGACCUCUUGUUUCCACGGUGAUAGCCACCACAUCUGAGGGCUACCUGGAUCAUUCUCUGGAGCGAGCCAAGUACAGAGCCAGCGAGAUGCCUCAGGGAUUCACAUAUGAUGUCAUCUGUCAGGCCUAUCAGAGGUGCAGUGAGUCAGACUUUGAGUUUGGCACCGAGUGUCUCCAUCUGGCUCUGCAGUACUGUGGCACCAACGCCAAGCUCAUUGAGGGUCCGCCAACGCUGUGGAAGGUAACCUAUAAACGGGACUUGGCUGCUGCAGAGUCUAUUAUUAAAGAGACUCUGUCAAGGUCGGCCUGCAUUAUCACAGGUGGAUCAACACAAGCAGCGACUCUGGCUGUCGCCCUCCAGAAGGCUGUCAGCGCUCUGGAUAUGGAGCUGGACGUCAUCCCAGAUCUGAUGGGAGACAACGCCAGAUAUCUGUUAAAGGAAUGGAACUUCAUCCAGGUUUCUGUCAAUACUUCAUGCCUUUCUGAAGUGGAGGCCAUGUUUGUAGCUUUAGAGGCAGCAAAUCGAGCUCUUCUCCACCCGCUGGUUGUCAUUUGGGUGCGUUUUAGCAGUAUGGAUGAGCUGUCUGUCAGCGGGAGGAUGGCAGAGCCAGCAGCAAUCAUGGACCUGGCCUCAACAGCCAAGCUCCGAAAUAUACUCCUCUAUGGCAUCCAGCUUCAUCAGUCAAAGGAGGCUGAGCGUUGGGAGAAGUCGGUGUUGAGGGUCGCUGAGAUCGCGUCAGCCCUGAUCCGGGACAGGAGCCCUGCUCUGGUGGGACAGCUUCUACAGGCAUGAAGGGAAGCAGCACCAACACAAAAUCCCCAAGCUAUAACUCAUGAAUACUACUGAGAUGAGACAGUCUGAGACAAUGAUUUUCCUUUUCUCUCCAAAAUCUCUUAAACCUUGCAUCAGUGACUGCAAGGUUCACGGAAUAGUCCCAAAAUGAGGCGCUGGGGACUUACUGAGGACAGUCGUAAAAAGAGAAUUGUCGAAAUCAAAGCAGCAAACUCCAACACUCUGACUUUUAGUUGUAUGUAUGUAUGCACCAGAAUCCUAUAUUUUCUGUAAUGUGGCUCAGUAGCAUGUUUUGUUGGAUACUUCCUGCCUGGUAAACACCCAAAUCCUUUGCUGAUGGCCUCUCAUUAUUUCGUAGUAGCUAGAACUGUAGACUCCAGAUUGAUUGGUUGGUUGAACAGUAUCUGGUAUUGCACUACGAACAAAAGUACUACAUCAGAAAUCUUCCAGGAUUAAUUAUUUGUGGCAGUGAAAGAGACAGACGACCUGUGAACACCCCCAUGUUUCCAUAACUCCAAAUUCUAGCUCUAACUCAUUUAACGUUUACUCAAUAUUUACUUGAAGUUGACUACAAACUAAUAAAAGUCAAUUAUACACUUUGCAAACAACACUUUAUGUAUCACAGCUCAACAACCAACAUGGUGUAUCAUCUAAAAAUGGUAGGCUAACUUCGUAUUCCCAAACAGUUUUUCUGCAAGAAUCACCACUUGAUAUAGUUCUAUUUUAAGAAAUCAUAUGAAUAUGGGCAGGUGCAUGCUAGUCUGCUUGUCUUGUUUCCUUUUCAGUAUAAAAUAUCAAGGGGCAAAUAAUUUAAUAUGCUGCAAAUACCAGCUUUUUGUGUUCAUGUGUAAUUCAUUUAUGCUAAUUCAUUUAGAGUCUCGGCCAAACAGUGGCAGUAAAAGGUGUACCAGAGUCUUUGUUGUGAUAAACCACAAUUUAAAGGGAUUUAAAGAGAAGUUUUGGGGUCCAGCAGCAGCAAAUGACAGAGAAAGUUAGAUCUCCUCUCCACCGGGAAAGCUUCUCCAUACCUGCAAUCAUUCAUGGAGAGUUGUAUCACAUAGUAAACGUGCAUUUAAGGCUGCUUUUUUGUUGGCUUGUUUUUGUAUUGAUUUGAGAUAUGUUUUCUGUUUAACUAGUUAUGCUGUGUUUGCCCCAGGGUAUCAGUAGAGACAAUCUACAAUCUACAAAAGAGGCACAAUUCAAACAUUUAUUUCAGUUUCUUGUUUGAUAAGUUAGAUUGAAAGGUGAGCAAAAAAAUCACUCCUACAAUGUUUGUUGUUUUCAGUAAAGCACACGAGGAAACGGUUUAUAAAUCAUUUAUAUUGCUUGUGGCAUUAUUUUUCAGAAAUACCUGUUCUAACACAAGUUUUAUGCCACCAGUCAUGCAGGUCUUGCUCUAUCCUCUUCAGGAAAAGUAUUUUGAAAGUUUAUUCGUGCGUCAAAGAAGGCUGGACAUCAUAAGUACGAUGAUUAAGAACAAAAAGACCAACGGCACCAAUGCAUUAGUCUCUGGCUUGUCCAUUCACUUCUACUGAACAUCUUUAGAAGGACUGUGUUGCAGCUGAUUGAUGCAAAUUUGGCGUGUUAGUAUUUACAGCAACAGGAUAGCGUGUGUGGGACUGAAUCAAAGUGAGCUACAGUGUGUUCAUGGUAUGGAAGAAGAAUGUGUUUGCUCUCUGACUCACUGAUGUGUGCGAGUUUCUGGAGCUCUGUGGCGCUGACAACAAAGACAUGUCAAGCUUUGGAUCAGUUCAUUAGUGGUUUCAUUUUUUAAUCUGCAGUUGUUGUAAAAGAGUGAUUAUUUCUGUGGUUGUCAUGGACCUACACUAAGAGGCCACAUCGCAUUGACGUAUUACUGUGGAAAUUUGAAUUACACUGCAUGAGCCAUAAAACUGGGUGUCGAAACCGCUGCUUUUGCCACAGGAUGAAGCUGCAGCCAAAUGUAAGGGUGCUCAUAUUUUUGUACGCCAUUAAAAUAAUAAAUGUGACAUGAUGAUCUUUUUUUUU